GAUUAAUUCACCACGUGUGGGGGACGACGGCGUCACUUGAUUUAUCAUUCAAUUCAACUCGAUCUUCUAGAUCUUCGUCCCUCAUUAAAAGAGGACGGCGGUCAUUCGAUAAUUAAUUCUAUAUUUCUAACCCCCUUGUCACAUCAUUCUGCUCUGACUCCCACUCUUGAAGCACCCCUCAACCGCCCCCUUUGCUCAGCGCUCCUUCUACACUCACCAUGGUCGAUAGUAAAAUCCCACAACCUGGACCGGCGAAAUUGAAGCGCAAUGCCGGUCCCGAUGAAUGGCUGGAGGCUGCGAAAGAUUGCAAAUAUCUUUCCGAGCAACAUAUGAAACAACUAUGCGAGAUUGUGAAGGAGUUCAUGAUGGAGGAAUCAAAUGUACAACCUGUAUCGACGCCAGUCACGAUUUGUGGAGAUAUACACGGCCAAUUCUACGAUUUGCUGGAGCUGUUCCGAGUCUCUGGCGGCAUGCCGGACGAGUCUGACGUCGAGCCUCCGAAAACAUCACCGUCUGUCAUCACCUCAGCUGAUAUCGAGCCCCCAUCGUCGAUCACGGAUCCGAAGCUGCGGAAGAAGUUGAGAAACUCUGGAUCGCCUGUAGAAGGUGGAGAUGAAACAAGCUUCAAUGCAAGUCAGAGAGAGCGCUCCUCUAGUGCUGGAUCCAAUCAGGUGACGCUUAAUCGGAAUUUCGUCUUUUUGGGCGACUACGUCGAUCGAGGAUACUUCAGUUUGGAGACUUUGACACUAUUACUAUGCCUGAAGGCAAAGUAUCCGGAUCGGGUAACGCUGGUGCGCGGAAAUCACGAGUCUCGACAAAUUACGCAGGUUUAUGGCUUCUAUGAGGAAUGCUUCCAGAAGUACGGGAAUGCGUCGGUCUGGAAAGCUUGUUGUCAGGUUUUCGACUUUAUGACACUCGGCGCUAUCAUCGAUGGUAGGGUUUUGUGUGUACACGGUGGGCUCAGCCCGGAGAUUAGGACCCUGGACCAAGUUCGCGUAGUUGCCAGAGCUCAAGAAAUUCCUCACGAGGGUGCUUUCUGUGACCUGGUUUGGUCCGACCCUGACGAUGUGGAGACAUGGGCAGUCAGCCCAAGAGGCGCAGGCUGGUUGUUUGGAGAUAAGGUGGCGGAUGAAUUUUGUCACGUCAAUGAUUUGACACUGAUCGCCCGUGCGCACCAACUGGUCAACGAGGGCUACAAAUACCACUUUGCGAACCAGAACGUUGUGACGGUGUGGAGUGCGCCAAACUACUGCUACCGUUGUGGCAAUCUGGCGUCUGUCUGUGAGAUCAAUGACGACCUCAAACCCACAUUCAAGCUCUUCAGUGCUGUCAGCGAUGAUCAACGACACGUUCCUACAUCGCGACCGGGCCGUAGCGAGUACUUCUUGUAAAUUGUUGCGUCGUCUUGAUUUCGUUCUACAGUUUUUAUUUUGGGCAUACGGAUGAUUCUACGGUUCUAUGGUGAAUACUCGACUUGCACCCGGCGCUGGCGUUCGGAGAAAUCGCUCAUGUGAGAUGUUCCGCAGAGAGUGACAGAUGAUGGGCACGUUAUAUAACGAUACUAGAGCACAAUUAACGAUGUUUAUGUUUGAAAUCUGAGAUGCAUUUUAGUUAUAGUCAAAACGAGGCGCUUGGUCUACUCCAAAGCUCUACGGCAGUAAGUGGAGCCCGC